AUGCCUUUGUCAAACGUGAUUGAGGCCAAGGUGCAGCUUUUCAUGCCCGAUGGCCCAUCACGAGCCCCUGCCCGGCCCGUCAACCUACCACCGAGCCAGAGCAGUGAGCACCAGUCUUCAUGCCCAGACGGCCAAUCGUCGUCGCGUGGGUUGAAACUGGAGGACAGCGGCCGUCGCUGCAGCAUCGUGGUGGAUGAUCCGGCCCUAGUCGCUGGUGACAAUGUGGGAGACAAGGAAACCAAAGCCUUGGACACCCAGAACGCCUUGGCUGAAACCGCAUCUGUCAAUCUACCUGCCUCUGCAUGGCAUGCCCUCUUGGAACAGCAGCAUGAGCUGCAGCACACGGUCACUCAGCUACGCGAUCAAUUGGAAGAGGAGCGAGAGGCCCGCGAAGCGCUGCGGGAUGAGCUUCUGGCAGCCCGUGCAUCCCAUGAUAUGGACCUUGUCCAGCUCCACAACGAGAUGGACGACCUCAAAGAUCAACUGCUAGAGCUUCAGCGCGUCGCCCCCGGGGGGCAGGCCUCGCCCAAGCGCCUGUCUGAUGGUGGAUACAUGCAGAUGCUACCCAUGAACACACCUUUUCCCAGUAAAGUCCUGCGCACCGCCUCCCACUACGCCUCCCAGAUGGCCCUGCAUGCCGACCAGGAAGCAAACCCGGAGCUUGAGGGCAUGGAAGUGGACAGCGAUGGUCUACCAAUGUGUGCCUCAGCGCAUCCGCCGCUCUCCCGGCACCAGUCGGACAGCUCGGUGGUGGAGAGUGCCUCCGCGGAUGGCGGCAAAAAACUGCGGCGCCGCUGGUCCUUCUUCCGCCGCAAAUCACAACCGGCCCUGCAAGAACACAAGGCUGCCAAGACGAGCAAGACACCAAACAAGAGCAACAAAGGUCAUCGCCGCUCGCGGCGCAGCAAGCGUCAAAAUGUCCCAGCCAGCACCAAUAGCAGCCGGGGUCCCUCGCGUCGAGGCUCCAAGGUUGCCCAAGAAGACGAGCUGCCCCUCGUUGAUCCCGUUGCAACGGAAGACAGCCCUGGUCAUAAUCAAGAAACCGACCAGGCACAGCAGGCGCCGGCCCAGCCUUCGCCCGCCUUUGUUACGCCGGCCGAGCUUCCACAGGAGGGAGCCACCAACAUGACAACACACCGCCUAUGCUCGGAAGCGCCUAAACCCAAGCCCAAACCCAAACCCAAACCCAAACCCUCUGCCCAGGCUACUGCCCAGGCUGCUGCCCGGCCUGACUCGCCGGUCCACGGCCACCCGUCCGACUCCGCAACAGCAACGGCUGCUGCAGUGGAUGAGCGAGAAGCCAAGCGUCGCGCCCUGGCCGAACGCCGAGCCCGCAUCAAAGCCGACCGUACAGCCAAAGAAGAAGCCGUUCUGCAUGACGCUUUGGCUGUGAUCGAUGGUUUGAUCCUGACGGACGAUGAGGACGACGCGUGA